CAGAAAAAGAGCAGAACCAAGGGGACCCCAGCCUGGCACCGUGCUCAGCCAUGUCCGUCGCUGUGCUCUGUGCUGCAGGACAGCUGCGCACCCGGCCGCCGGUCACGUGCCGGUGUUGGGUCUGCAGCCAGCUCCUUCCCCCAGUGCGGCUGCUCCUUCCACCCCUCCAACCACGGGCAGACGGUGCCCAUCGUGGGGGACGCCUGCAGGCCGAGCCCCCCCAGCACAGCGCAGACAUGCGGGGGGCGUGGGGGGCUCUAGCGUGACCGCAGCACGGGGUGCAGGGGGAGAGCCCCGCUUGGCUCGGCGAGGAUUUCCUCGGUUUUGCUGAAAGGCUGAAGAAUGUCUCCCGCUAACUACAUCCAGAUGUGCCUGCCUGGCAGCCCGCUGCUGGGACAGUACCGAGGGGACGCAGGAUCCGCGCUAUCAAAUGGGAUGUAAGUAGACAUUGCGUGUGUUCCAUCGGGGCAGAGCCGCGCCACGAGCAGUGGGAGUUCUUGUGUUUCCUCCUUGCCGCGCUCCCCUCUGCCAGCUCUUCCCUCUGCAUCAUGGCUUUUGCAAUGUGUCUGCCUGCAGAACCCCAAACUUGCCGUUGCAGCCUCCAAACACACAGCCCUCGCCCUGCAUGGGUUGUGCUUUGCUUUCCAUAGAACACUCUGUGCAUGUUUUCGGUUGUCACAGCAGAAAGUUUGGGGCUUCUUUUAGAGAGUGGCUGCAGAGGCUUCUCCAUGGCUGCAGUGCACUGCAAGGGAAAACUGCUUCUCUCCAACGAGAGGAUGGGAAUCUCUCCCUGGGCUUUCAUGGCUGUGUGCUCAGAGCGAAACGUGGGAAACUGGAAGAGAAAGAGAAGAGUGAGGCAGGAAGUUGCUGAGCACAACUUGUAGGAGCUUUUGACAGCUUCGAGACACUCGGGCUGUCCUGUCAGCAUGGCAGCACCAAGUGCCUCUCACGGUUGUAUCCAGGUGUGACACGAUGGCCACGCUGACACCAUGUAACUGCCAUCUCCUGAUGCCUCGCCAGGCCAGGCCAGGCUGCAGGAGGCUGUUGUACAACAGGAGCAGCCAGCUGGGAGUCAAUGGAGCCCCACACUGCAGCACUGGGGCAAGCUGGGAGAGAAAUAGGGGCUCCUGCUCCAUAGCAGCAGGGAUGCCAUCUGCCCACAGGCAGAGCCCGCAGCACCGGGUGGCCCCGCGUUGCCCUCUCUUGGCUCCAGCUCCCGACCCCUGGGAGAGCUCUGCUGAGACAUCCAGCUAAUCAAACCCUACAGCCUGCUCUCACUUUGUUUAGGGAGUUCAGAAUGGAACCAGACAGGCUUUUUUUCUGGUUAGGCAGCAUAGAGACUGUUUUUCUUACUUGGUUUUCGUAGGGCUUUGCGCUAAGCAGCGUGCCAAAGGGCGUCUCUUUGUUUCAGCCUGCCCUGUCUUCUGGGCAAGACGCUCAGAUCACUCAGCACCACUGUUAAUUCUAGAGCUGCAAAUGGGACCUUUUCACAGAUAUCCUGCAGUGCGCAUACAAGGGACUUGUUUGGCACCAAAGCCACUUACAGCAUCUUCUUUGAUGAUUUCUUUUUUUUUUACACCAAACCAAAUCAAAGAAACAAGAACAAAAAAGAAGCCGUGCCAGAACUAGAGCUUGCUACAUGACAGCCAAACUGCAAAUAAAGAGGGCUUCCUCCCCUGGUCAAACGCACAGAACUGUUCUCUUUUAAAGGCUGCAAAACCAGCACAAACCACUAAAUGUGAGCAGUUUUGUGCAUGCUUUCAUGCACUGGGUGCUGACGUUUUCCUGCAGCACCCCACAGAGCCCAGGCACCAGUGCAAAAUGCAGUCUUGCACAAGAUUUGCACUGAGACCAAUCUGCUGUGUUUCAAAGCAACAGGAGGCAGAAGGAGCCUGGGAUGCUCCUGGCAUCCCCAAAGGCUGUCAGAAGCCAGCGUGGCUGUGAGCAGGAGGGGAAGGUCUGCAGGAAAGGCAGCAUCACCUGGGAGCAGUGCUGUGAAUGGGAGCUCUGUUCCUCUGCCCGGCCUGGAGCAAGAGCCUGCUCCCAGAGCUGGGCCAAGGGGCGGGGCAAUGCAGGGGGAGAGGCUGAAAGAAGAAUAGAAAAUCUGAUAAACUGCAGCGUCAAGCAAGCUGCUGGUGAAGUUCCCACAGCUGCCAAACAGCCCAGAAAUUGCAGAAACAUCAAGCACUAGGGAGGAGAUUUCUUUUGGGGGUCCCAAAGGUCCUCAGCGCUUGCAGGAGCUGAUGUACAGGACAUGGUCACAAGAACACGUGGUUUUCCAGCACAAGAGCUGGCCAGCGUUGCUUUGGCAGACGAGGCAGGGUCGAGGAACCGAAAAGCACUGCCUCUUCCCACCAGUUCUGUUGUGAGGUUCUCCAGGGGCUGGGAUUCCACAGCAGGACAGCAGCAGCAGGCUGAGAGCAGUGUCACCGUGAGCGGGGAGGUGAGUGCUGUCGCGUGGCUUUAACAUGGGCAGAUGUGGCACAGGAGCGGUUCCACCACUGCGUUGGGUGGAGCUGACAGAGGAGAUGAAGCAGAGAAGCACAGAGGGUCUCAAAGUUCUCCUUCUACUGGCCCACAUCAGUCCCACCUGCGGGUUUGCUCACGAUGGACAUUGAGCAGUCACCGUCAGGUUCCUCGAACUGAACCGCUCCUUGGUCUCCAGUUACACGACGAGAGCUGCCAGAAAAGAGCUGGGAGGCAGAGACCCCCCUGCUGCAGGCAGAUCCCCAGCGCUGGGUGCUGUUCCCAUGAAACAGGUUCAAGCAACACAAAGCAAAAACAAAUAGCCACAAGUGCUGCCUCAAAACACCCCCAACACCCCCAGUUUUCCAGGUUCCUCUGAGGACUGCAGAAACUCAGAGAGCCCCCAGCGCUUCCUUUAGCACUUUGUACAGAGAAGCAGGCAAGACAUCUCCAUCAGCAGCGCAGCCCCUCUGUUGCACAACCCAAAACUGCCAGCAGAGAGGGAGAAGACCUGGGUGGAAAUGCUUGCUGGGCAGUGUGCUCUGGGGUUGACCACUUUUAUGCUUUGCUGUUCUGGACCCUCUUCCUCCACGUAGCACGUUUGCAGCUUGCUUUAAUAUCACAGCUGCUCUUCCCAAGGCUGAGCAGGCUGAGUCACCACUCUCCCAGCACAAAGCAGCACGCCAGAAUCACCAAGCCAUCAUUACUGAGAUCCAGGAAUGGGAUCCAAAGCCUUUUCCCCACGAGUGAGCAGAAGCGCCAAGUAACGGAGAUGUGGCAGCCGCUGCAAGAGAAGAACAUUUCCAGGAUGAGCCCAAGGCUUCACGUCAAUCAUCUGAAGGACUGAUCGAAUGAGACAGAAGGUCUUCUGGGAAAAGCAUGGACGCUUGUGCCAGACAGCUCAGCCACAGCCUUUAACAGCCCCAGGAAGACCGCAGGGACAAUGAGAGUUCAUCUCAAGGGGGAUGCGAUCUGUACCCUUUUCCUGGUGGUAGCACUUUGCUCGGUGCUCUACUCCCAGCUGGAGUAUUUAGCCCCCAAAGGGAACAAGGAGCCGACACAGAAGAAGCCUUCAGUAACACAGAGAAUAUUCUCAGACCCCAGAGCACCUGGGAGACCCACACCAACUGAGGCAACAAUACCCAGACCUCGACUGAUUCAUAUCACUAGACGAACAGAAGUGGCUAAUGGCAGGGUCCAAACUACAACCCCAGCCCCGUCAACUGAUUCUGCCUUCAACUUCAAGCGUUACCUCCUCAACAAGGACAACAGGAACUUCAACCUCCUCAUUAACCAGCCCAAGAAAUGCAGGAGAAUACCUGGAGGUCCCUUUCUGCUCAUUGCUAUCAAAUCGGUAGUUGAGGACUUCGACAGACGGGAGAUUGUUCGGAAAACCUGGGGCAGGGAGGGUUUGGUGAAUGGGGAGCAGAUUCAGCGAGUGUUCCUCCUGGGAACACCAAAGAAUAGGACAUCAUUGGCAACGUGGGAGACCCUCAUGCACCAGGAGAGCCAGGCAUACAGGGACAUCUUACUCUGGGAUUUCAUGGACACUUUCUUCAACCUGACCCUGAAGGAGAUCCACUUCCUGAACUGGGCUGCUGAAUUCUGCCACAAUGUGAAAUUCAUUUUUAAAGGCGAUGCUGAUGUUUUUGUCAACAUCGAGAACAUUGUUGACUUCCUCGAGAGACAUGACCCCGCCGAGGACCUCUUUGUUGGGGACAUCAUCUACAAUGCCCGUCCCAUCCGCACCCGGAAGAGUAAAUACUAUAUCCCAGAGACCAUGUAUGGCCUCAGCAUCUACCCAGCCUAUGCAGGAGGAGGAGGUUUCCUGCUGUCCAGCUGCACUAUGAGAAAGCUGUCCAGGGCUUGCGGAGAGGUGGAACUCUUCCCCAUCGAUGAUGUUUUUUUGGGCAUGUGCUUACAGAGAAUCAACCUUAAACCCAUUUUGCAUGAAGGAUUCAAGACCUUUGGUAUUGUCAAGCCUUCUGCAGCCCCGCACCUACAGACAUUUGACCCCUGUUUUUACAAGGACCUGAUGGUAGUUCACAGUCUGAAAGUUGCUGAGAUCUGGCUCAUGUGGAACCUGCUCCAUAGCCCAAGGCUUUCCUGUACGCAGAAGAGGCAAGUGAAGAAGCCUUUCCAGUGGAAAAGGAAAGGUCAAAGAGCAACGCAGGCAUCACCCCUCAGUUAAUGUAGGCAGAUUGGCAGCAGAAACACAGUGGCAAACCAUCUGAGAAAGGGAACCUGGAAGGUUUGCAACUAAAUGAACAGAUUUUAGAAGUACAGUGUCUUAGCACAGCCUAUUUACAAGACAACAAACUAGGGCAGGAAUUUGCCAGAAUUCCACAUUUGCUCACACACACCAUAUAGAUCCUUCUCCAUUAACAUGUCCAAAUAAUCAUAACAAUAUGUUUAAUUUAUUAUUAUUUAUUAGAAUUACAGUAGUGCUUAGCAGGUCAACGUGUACAGACAUGGACUGCAAAACGCAAUCCAUGGAGAUUUUUCAGCAUUGUUAGAGAUGUGCAAAAUGGAAGGAGGAUGAGGGAAAGAGAUGAAGCCAAGGAGCACAGAGAUCAUUGUCAGCUUAUUAGGGCUGGAGUUACUUGGACUAAAUGAGAAACGAUUGAACUACACAGUUAGUUAGAGUUAAGGAAAUCAGCUGUCCUCAGUGGAUGCGCAAACAAAAUUACCACUGCCUGAUUGGCUUUCUGUAAGCCUCAGAAAAGAACAGCUAUUGAGUUGGGGUCCCAUAUGAUGCAGACAGCAUGGACUAGAAGAAAACAAGCUCGGUGCUGACAAGGCCGGUUGAGCAGAAGACACGUGAGUAAAUAACUGGGAAGGAGUGGCUUUACGAAGCAUUCUUCGUAUCAGUAUGAGUUCAGAUACAUGCUCCACUGACACACUGUCAGGACUCAGGGGACCAUCUUACGGCACUUUAGCGAGCUCAGACUCUCUACACUGUGCUGAAUGGCACUCUGUGAAAACUCAAAGUUUUCCAGCAGCACCCACCUCUCUCAGCGUUUAAUGCAGAUCUUCAGGAGGCUUGCAUCUAGAGAGAUCCUUUGGGCUUUUGCUUGUGAGGGUGAAAUCACGCAGAGCUGCUGUUGCAUCGCUUUUGAGAGCUUCUUCAAACCAAAGGAAAUCUUGUCAAUGGACUGGGCUGGUUUCUCUGGACCUCAGUGCUCUUCCUGGCGUACAGUCAACUGCAAAGAACAGCCAAGACUUUCAGCAUUGCUGCGGGUGUCAUGUGAAGGGAGAAAGCAGUCUUCAAACAAAAGAGCUUCAGAAUAAAAGCCUUUCUAAAGUUUAGGGAAAAAAAAAGCAUUCUUUCUGUUGGUAAAGGACUUUCCAUGUUUCAGUUAAUCUAUAACUUCAUAAGUAUUUUAAAUAUAAGAACACUGGACUGCUUAGCCUUUCAAAGAACAGUCAAUAGUUCAAAGCCUUUUGUUUUUCUAGCAGCAGAUUACCAUAAAAGAACAUCCCUUUCUUGGAUAUCGAACAGCAAAUCCCUCAGAACCAAGGUUAAAAAGCUGGAUUCCCCUCUGAAGCCGUAUUUGCUAAUCCUUUUGUAAUUUCUUCCCCCUCAACAACCCCCCCUCCCAUCCCUCAGAGAACUCCAGAUGCUGUUCCCCACCAGGAGGGCACAUCCAUGCAGCCUCAAAGGAAAUGGCAGUCAGUCGUAAAUCUCCAGGAAGCUGCCUUCUUUUCAUCAGAGCCUGCAUUUCAGACCUGGGUACAUCCUUCCUCCCAUCCGGCUCUAGGCUGACUUCAUUAGUCUAUCAGCUGGGCAUACAAUGAAGGAAAAAAAACUUGCAAUACCUAUCAGUAUUCGUAAUGUUACAUGUUACCUUCAUCUUCAGAGUUCAAGCCUCACAAAAAUGUAUUUCCUGGGAAAGGCUGUCUACGUAGAAAUCAAAGGGCCAUAAGCAGAAUUAGGGUAUUUUCAGGAAAUCCUGAAAUACAGAAUUUUCGCAUGAGCUGUACAAGGAGAAAUGAGUGGGAAUGAGCCAGAGCUUCACUGGUGGGUGAAUGCCAGCUGUACCCAUCUGCUACCAUGCGUGAUAUGUACGGAAUUACGAGAAAUGUGUUACCUGUGGUUAGUUUACAGCCUGGGAAAUUCUUUAUAGCAUGAUUAAAGCACAGCAUGCAGGCA